CAAACGUCAUCCGCCGGGAGAACUAACCGUCACAACCAUGUCUAUCUGCGACGACACGCUGCUUUGUAACUUCUCAAAGUGUCGGACCAAGCUGAGCGGCUUCGCCUGGGUCACAGCUUGCUCACACGUUUUCUGCGACCAGCACGGGUCCGGUGAGUUCAGCCGCUCCCCCGUCACCUGCCCGGCCUGCUCCUCUGCCCUGUCUGGGAAGCUGGACAUUGUGAGGACGGAGCUGUCGCCCUCCGAGGAGUACAAAGCCAUGGUGCUGGCAGGCCUGCGACCGGACAUCGUUUUGGACAUCAGUGCCCGUGCUUUGGCCUUCUGGAGCUAUCAGGUCCACCAGGAGCAUAUGUAUCAAGAGUACAGUCUGUCACGGGCAGAGGCUCAGCUGAAGCAGAUGGAGAAGGUGUUGACCCAGCAGAACCAGUCCAGAGAGCUGGAGCUCACCGCCAUGAGGGGGGAAAUCGCCUCCCUGAAGAAAGUGAUGGAGGAGUAUAAGAGGAAGUACAGCGAUGUGUCCGAGAGGCUGAUGGAGAGGAACAGGCAGUACCAGAAACUACAGGGGCUGUACGACUCUCUGAGGCUGCGCAACAUGGUGGUGGGCGAAAGAGACACGCUGCCACGACCAGGACAUCACGACUUCAACACCGGGAUGGCUCGGCAGGCGACUCCCCAGAGAAGCCCUCAGUUCCUCUCCAUGGGCUACGAUGGGGACAGCAGAUUCUUCUCCUGCCUCGAGGCCGAUGGAGCCAAGACCUUCUUCCAGUUCAGCUCCCCCACCAGGGAGAGAGGCCAGCCCUUCAUGAAGAAGCACUGA